AUGACAAAAGCUCGACAGAAUUUCGACGAUGUGGCAUGGGAUAAAAAUGACGAAGCUUGGGACGAAUCUCAGAAACAGCUGCGACUUAAAUCUACCUGCCGUCAGGUCGAGGCUCUAGCCCAAAAGGUCCUGGGGAAGAAGUCAGCAUCACUGGUCUCGCCAAUCUUCUUCGGCGGGUUCAAUGUCCUCUAUCGAAUUAGCUUUGAAGAAGAUUCCACCCACGUUCUUGUUCGACUACCUUGCCCCGAUCUUGUCCAGUUUCCAGAAGAAAAGAUACUAUACGAGGCCGCAGCUAUGGAAUACCUUGCCAAAAAUACCACUAUCCCCGUUCCAACCCUCUUUUACCAUACUUCAUCCUCAGAUGUUGGACCUGCCUUGAUCCUGCAACACAUAAAUUAUGUUCGAGACAUGUCAGAUGCUCUUGCAAUCCCUAAUCAAGACCCGGAGGAGACUCCAGUUCUGAACCCAAACAUCGAAGAAGACACGCUUAGGAAGUUGUAUCAGAAGAUUGCCGCUAUCUUAUCGCAGCUUUCUAGACCUACUUUUACCCGGAUAGGGUCGUUGAUUGAAGACGAUAACGGUUGCUAUGCGGUGGCUGGACGGCCCAUCACCCAAAACAUGAACAGCAUGAUUCAACUUGCAAAUAUCCCAAAGGCAGUACUGCCAGAACCCCAUCAGACCCACGACAGUGCCGACGGCUGGUACGCUGCCUCAGCGGAGAUGCACAUGGCACAAUUACUCUUUCAACACAACGAUCUUGUCCGCUCAGAGAACGAUUGUCGGAAUAAAUAUGUGGCCCGUUUCCUGUUCCAUUCUCUUGCUAAACAGGGCCGUCUAUCUAGUUUCGGAUUUAGUGAGGAUGACUGGUCGGCCCAAUCUCAAAUCUCCAAGUUCAUAUGCCGAGCACCUGAAGGGUCUGACGGUUUCCGACUUUGGUGUGAUGACUUGAGGCCAGUUAACCUUCUUGUAAAUCAGGAAGACGACAUCAUUGCGGCCAUUGAUUGGGAGUUUACAUAUAUUGCACCCACGCAAUUCAGCCUUGAUCCGCCUUGGUGGUUGUUAUUGGAGGCCCCAGAGAUGUGGUCUAGUGGAAUCGACAAUUGGGCUGAUGUAUACGAUGAGCGGCUGAAGACCUGGCUGCUUGCGAUGGAAGAGACUGAGAUUGGUGCGAUUGAGUCACCACCAUUUAAGCUAUCUGCUUACAUGCGUGAGAGCUGGUCAAGUGGUAGGUUCUGGCUCAAUUACGCGGCGAGGAAGAGUUGGGCUUUUGAUGCAAUCUAUUGGAAGUUCUUGGACGAAAGAUUCUUUGGUCCCAGGGACGAAAUCAACCAAGAGGACUCGUAUUGGAGAGCAAGGGUGCAUCUUCUAGGAGAAAAAGGAAGACAAGACAUGGAAACAGUCGUGGCAAGAAAGAUGGGCGAGGCAAAAGAGCGCGUCUUGGUAGACUGGGAUCCAACCGCAGCAAAGACCCUUCUGUGCAAGACACUAGACAACAGUAUCAGGCUUUGA